UCUAUCACGUUCAGCAGGUUCAAGGUCAGCUGCCUCCAUUAAUGAUUCCCGUAUUCCCUCCUGAUCAACGGACACUGGCUGCAGCUGCCCAGCAAGGAUUCCUUCUUCCUCCAGGCUUCAGCUAUAAGGCUGGAUGUAGUGACCCUUACCCCGUUCAGCUGAUCCCAACUACCAUGGCAGCUGCUGCCGCUGCAACACCAGGCUUAGGCCCACUCCAACUGCAGCAGUUAUAUGCUGCCCAGCUAGCUGCAAUGCAGGUAUCUCCAGGAGGGAAGCUCCCAGGCAUACCCCAAGGCAACCUUGGUGCUGCUGUAUCUCCUACCAGCAUUCACACAGACAAGAGCACAAACAGCCCACCACCCAAAAGCAAGGAUGAAGUGGCACAGCCACUGAACCUAUCAGCUAAACCCAAGACCUCUGAUGGCAAAUCACCCACAUCACCCACCUCUCCCCAUAUGCCAGCUCUGAGAAUAAACAGUGGGGCAGGCCCCCUCAAAGCCUCUGUCCCAGCAGCGUUAGCUAGUCCUUCAGCCAGAGUUAGCACAAUAGGUUAUUUAAAUGACCAUGAUGCUGUCACCAAGGCAAUCCAAGAAGCUCGGCAGAUGAAGGAGCAACUUCGGCGGGAACAACAGGUGCUUGAUGGGAAGGUGGCUGUUGUGAAUAGUCUGGGUCUCAAUAACUGCCGGACGGAAAAGGAAAAAACAACACUGGAGAGUCUGACUCAGCAACUGGCAGUUAAACAGAAUGAAGAAGGAAAAUUUAGCCAUGCAAUGAUGGAUUUCAAUCUGAGUGGAGACUCUGAUGGAAGUGCUGGAGUUUCAGAGUCAAGAAUUUAUAGAGAAUCCAGAGGACGUGGCAGCAAUGAACCCCACAUAAAGCGUCCGAUGAAUGCCUUCAUGGUGUGGGCUAAAGAUGAACGGAGGAAAAUCCUUCAAGCCUUUCCUGACAUGCACAACUCCAAUAUCAGCAAGAUACUGGGAUCUCGCUGGAAAGCUAUGACAAACCUAGAGAAACAGCCAUAUUAUGAGGAGCAAGCCCGUCUCAGCAAACAGCACCUGGAGAAGUACCCUGACUACAAGUAUAAGCCCAGGCCAAAGCGCACCUGCCUCGUGGAUGGCAAAAAGCUGCGCAUCGGUGAAUACAAGGCAAUCAUGCGGAACAGGCGGCAGGAAAUGCGGCAAUACUUCAAUGUUGGGCAACAAGCACAGAUCCCCAUCGCCACUGCUGGUGUUGUGUACCCUGGAGCCAUUGCCAUGGCUGGAAUGCCCUCCCCUCACCUGCCCUCAGAGCACUCAAGCGUGUCUAGCAGCCCAGAGCCUGGGAUGCCCGUUAUCCAGAGCACUUAUGGUAUGAAGGGAGAGGAGCCACACAUCAAAGAAGAGAUACAGGCUGAGGACAUCAACGGAGAAAUUUAUGAUGAGUACGAUGAGGAAGAGGAUGACCCAGAUGUAGAUUAUGGGAGUGACAGUGAAAACCAUAUUGCAGGACAAGCCAACUGAUAAGGGUUGAAAGAUUGUUGUGACCUUAGGACUUAAAGAAGCCCUAACUGGUUCAUCCUUACCAGUGGCCAAGCACAUUAACUUUCUCAUACACUGACUGUUACUUUAACUGUUAGUCUUAAAUAGUUGGGACAUCAGCUGACUAAUAGACCUCAGCCUCAAAAGGCUUGGAAAGGAAAAAGAUAUAUAACAAGCAAACAACAAUAUCAACAACAAGAGAUUGAAAUAAGCUAUGGGUAAAAUAAUGCCAGUAAUUCAGCUGCUACAUCCAAGCACUGAAGUCUUACCCGUCAACUUUUUUUUUUUAAAUAAACUUUAUGGCUGUUUGUUCUACAAUGUUCUAGAAAUUCUCACUCAGGUACACAGUGCCAACAAGUGGCUUGUGAAUGUGUUUUGUUGUUUUGUGCUACAAUUUUUUAAAAAAAUAAGUUUUGUUUUGUUUGGGGGGGUUCUGGAUUUAUUUCCUUUUCUUUUUCUUUCCUUUCCUUUUUUUUUUUUUGUAAUGCACCUGACAGAAAAAAAAGAAAGAUGAAUUUCUCUUUACUUCUCUCCACCUUUUCCAUCUCUAAACUUUAAAGAUGGAAGUCUGUGCAUGGGGGGGAAGAGGGAAAAAGAGCCUGUUUUUAACUUCCUUGCUAUCCAUCACAAAAUAAGCAAUUAUUUUCUUUAGAGGACUUUAUCUAUUGCACACCACACUACAUCUUUGAGCAAGUGCCAAAUUUGUACUGAAGUGUUGACCAAGUUCUUUUUUUUCCCCUUCCCUUUUUCCUGUUCCUUCUUAAGUUAGGACAGUGUUAUAUCUUAGACAAUCCCUUGAAAAACCUGAAAUACCAGCAGCUGGUGAGAUUUGACUUUUUUUUAAAUGGAAACUGUAGGUGCUGUUCUCAGGUGAAAAGAGAGAGAGAGACAUAAGAAAUUUAGAGAAAAAAUAUUUUCUGAUCUUGGAUUUUUGUGUGUAUGUAUGUGUGUGAUUAUGGUACUAAUAGGAAUAACGUUGGACCGUUGUGAGUCAAACCCACAUCUGGGGAUGAAAUCCCACAUCCUCCUAAGUGACUGGUCUAGAAGUAAUCUUGACCUUGACUUUGCACUUCAAAUGACAACUUAACCAAGUAUAGGGCUCAGAAAAUAUAUUUUUAAAUGUCUAAUGUGAUUAUUAUUGGAUGGAUCAGGCGGCCCUGUGUAAAAGAGGUGUGCAUGUUAUAACAUGGAAGCUACUAGCAAACUACUCCCAGAUGUCCCUUCUCCCUAGUUAAUUGGUUCCACUAACGUUUGCUACUUCGUUGUUGUUUUUUUUCCUGUUGAUACUUCAAGCAAAACAAUCAUUGUUUUCACUGAGUAUAUUUGGCCAUUUUUUCAGAAAAAUAGAAUUAGCUUAUUUCUUCAACAUUCCAUCCUUUCCUGGUCGGGAAAUUGAACUGAUGGUUUUAUAAAAAGUAUUUUUCAUUCCUCCAUGAAAUGAGGUGGAGGUCUUUUGCAUUUCACCGUGUGGGCCAUGUACAUUUCAUGCCAUAUAAAGUAGGACUUGAUUAAAAGUCAUUACAGCCCAACAAAGUGGAGCCUGACUGACCCCAGGGACCCUUGCCACUGCUCUUCCUUGCUGUCAGAUGCAUCUGCUGAAGGUCAACUUUUGGUUCCAGCAGAGUGUGUGCGAAGAACAACUGAAGGUGAUGGGACUACUUAUGUAGAUUUUGUCAGCCAAAUACCAGGGCAGUUUUAGGGCCUGUACAAAUAAAUGCAACAUCACUUCAAGUUAAUUGCCAUUAUUUGUGUUGCAGCCUCAGAUAGUAUGUACUCCAACCAGUAGCUUGGAUGUGCUAUGGUUUUCACUCCAGUCAUCAUUUUUCUAUCUCACCCCCCAAACACCACCCUAAAGUUUGAUUAUUAAAUAUAAAUGAGAAGAAAAUCCUUUUUAUUUUUCUCUCUCUCAAAAACUUGCUCUGGGGUUUUGCUUGGAGUAGCUGAUCAUAUUCUGCAUGUCAGAGAUUUCGUUUGUUUGUUUUUCUGUUUGUUUUUGAUGACUGUAUUUUCAUUUGAACUGCCUCUUUUUGCUAGUGUUGUAAUAAUGAUGAUGAUGAUGAUAAAAUAAUAAUAAUAAUAGUAAUAAUAAUAAUGGUCAGCUGUUCCCAGUUUAGUAAGUUAUGUAUAAUUUAUUUUAUUUCUCCCUUUCUAUUUUAUUCUGCUCUGAUUUGGAAGUACAGCCAAUAAGCUGGUAGAUAUUUAAAACAAAUUUCCAUCUCCAACUCAUAUAUGUGUGUGUGUGUAUAUAUAUAUAUAUAUACACAUAUAUAUGUACAUAUAUAUGUGCAUGAAUAUAUAUAUAUACACACACACAUUCACCCACACAAUUUCACUUCUCCUUCCAUAAGUUGUCUUCUUUUAAAGAAUUUGGCCCCAACAAUUUCAGUUCUGGUGUUUGAUACAAAGGAGUGAAUUAAUAGGAGGGUCGUGUUCAAUCUUAAUUAACUUAUGCUCUCAUCACUCAUUUUAGUUAUUUAAUUGCCACAGUCAUCUAGAGCCAAUUUUUUUGUUUUUUGUUUGUUUUGUUUUUAAGCACUCUGGAUAAGGAAAAAUAGACACUUGUUUUUAUAUCAUUAUAUACAAUGUGAAAACAGAUUUUUAAAAAAUUUGUUCUUUGUCUUUGUUAACAAAUUCCUUCUUUUAUGUGAGUUCACCUCUCACGUUUGCUGGAUACUUACUUUACACCAUGUUAUAAAGAUGCUUUGUUUUCAUUUCAUGACUUUGGGCUAUAAGAAUACUUUGUUUUAGCUCCAGGUAGAUGCCAUUGAGGGUAUUUGUGGCUGAAACCAAUUCUAAUACACAGUAAAUUGACAAAACACUUCUGUUUGGGGGUUGUUUUUUGUUUUUGUUUUUUUUUUUCAUUUUUUAAAAACUUUGUUCUAUUUGAAGGGAAAAACAAAAUUGUUGAUGGUGACCUGUAACUGCUGAAAUUCAAAAGUUGAUUUUAUUUAGUUAGGUUUCCGUCCAAGACUGAACGGCAUGGACUGAAACAAAAAACCAGUUCAUAGCCCUGCAUUAUAUUCUGUUGUUCUGACAUUUAAUUCACUGGAUGUCAAAUUGUCUUUGCCCUAGUUUUCUCCAAAAGAAAGCAAAAACAAAAAUAAUUUUAUUAAUGUUUAAGGUCUUUUGAAGUCACUUGAUAAAAGGUGCUGUGAGUAGCAACUUACCAUGUUAACACACUGCCCUUUUGGUGUUUGGUUUAUGAUUUUGGUAAAGGAUCCUAAAACCUUGUAUUCUUUUUCUGUGCACUGUUAUGACCAAAAAAGAUAAGGUAGAGAAAAUGAGAGUAAGAUCAAAAGAUCAAAAUAAAACAUAAACAGUCUCUCUCCUCUCUCCUUUUCUUCCUAUAUGUUGAGUCUUCUCACUUUUUCUUUCUCUUUCUCUCUCUCUCUCUCUCUCUCUCUCACACACACACACACACACACAAACACACACACACACUCUCUCUCUCUCUCACCCGAAUACAGAGGAAUAAUCUUGCCAGAAUUCUGUUUUUUAUCGUUGCUGUAACCAGUUUCUCUAAAAAUAGUCAUGCUUUAACAUGAAUCUAAGAGAACAUCACUGGAGAAAAUAAGUUAAAGUUGUUAAUUUAUAAGUUACUAAUAAUUUGAUUAGCUACUACAAUUGGAUAAAAAUACAAACCUAUUCUUCAGUGCACUUAUACCUAGAUUAGGAAAGUCAAUUUUUAAAGUUCAUUUGACAUCUGAAGUUAAGAGUUAAAUAUGUAUAAAAUCCCUCCCAAAGAACAUAAUCAUCAUUGUUGAAACCAAAUCCUCUUAUAAGAAACAAAUAUAAACAAGUUUACUUUGCUAAAACUAUUUUAUAGAUUUGAUUUCCAGAGUAGAAUUUUACCUUAAUUCAUUGAAAGCAGAUUAAUCAUUUUUUGUCCAAUUUCAGAUAUUUUCUUAAUCCAGAAACUGUUACUGUUUCCAGAAGAAACCUUCUAUCACAUUUAAAACAUCAAAAAUGAUUACACUUUCAUUCUAAUGGGUAAAUUAUUGAAUUGUAAUAAACAACUGUAUAUUUACAAACAGGUUUAUAAAAUAUUUGUUUAUCAAGUUAAUAGUAAAAAUAAAAAUUAUGGGAUCUGCAAGGAAAACUAUGAAGCCCACUUAAAGUGGUUCAGAUUUCUCUUUGUCUUGUAGGGCAUAGGUGUUUGUUUAGCCAGGUUUUUACAGUAUUUAAUUUUAAAGUUUCCUAUAACUAUCAGUUCCCCAGGUUGAAGAUGAUAAUGUUGAGUUUUCUACUGAUUGAUUCCUGUCCUCCCCAGUGUUUCUGUCACUGGUUCACUAAAACAGUAUUUAUAUAGCUCCACUGGCUCUAAAGCUCUAGUCCUUCUAACAUUUUGGAUUUUACAAGUAAAAAUGGGAAAAAGUAGAAAAGAGACAAUCAAAUGCCUGGAGCUUAAAACAAAGUAUGUGCAACCUACCAUCUCACUUGAAAUUUAAUAAAAUAAAUAAUUAUGUAAAUAUAACAUAGAGUUAUAGAUUUAUAUUUUGUUCAUAACACAUAGUGUAAUAUAAGUUGUAUAUUUUCAUGUUUUUGGUUUUAUGUUAUCAUUCAUGCCACAAUAAAAAUAAAACAGGAGUUUAUGUACUCUUAAAAAAAAAAGAUGUGGGUUGCCACCAACCUGUUUUUGUUUUUGUUUUUUGUUUAUUUUGUUUUUUGUUUUGGUUUUUUUUUUUUGCAUUCUUCUUUUUCAGUAUUACUGCCAUGCAAGGCACCAAUAAAAACAGCAAAUGUGUUCUUUAC